CCCGCCCCGACGCCCUCUACGCAAGCGCGGGACGCGCCGGCGCCACGGCAACGCGCCGGAAGGACCGCCCCGACCCGCGGCGCGGCUCGCCGUUGGCCCGCUCUCGCCCCGCCCACCGUUCCCGUGGAGGACCCGACCGGUUCUUUGCAAUAGAGCAAAACUUCUGAGAUUCCUGCCAGAGAUGUUGGAUUCCUGACUCCCAAGCUUUACCAAAGUAUAUUUUGCCAUAAUAUUCAAAAAUUGCUGAUGCAAGAAAUCAACUUUUUGCACUUUGUAAUGUAACACAAAUCUUGAAGAUUCCAGGAAGGUGAAAAAUGGUCGAUCCCACUUCGACAGAGAAAUCUAAUUUGGAAAUUUUCAUCUUUGACUUGUUCAUUUCAUGUUAUUGAACAAUGUUGGCUAUUUUAUCAUUUUUAAAAACAACAAUGUUUUGUGUAUACUUUGGAAAAAUGUCACCUUUUUCUUUGCCUAUACUGAUAGGGAUCAAGGUUUUAGGAGGAGCUUUUGACAGUAAAUUAAAGAAUAAAAUGGUAGAAUGACCAUUGUUCACUCUUAUGCUCUGAGAUUUUCAAAAUAUAAAGUAUAACAUAAAAUGAAUUUUUAAAUACACAGAAUGCGAACUCCAAGAGGACUAUAAAUUCAGUGUUUUUAAUCUGUUGAUGAAAUCAAUUUUGAAUAUUUUUAUGAAUAUUUAUUAUUAUUGUGCAUUUCCCCAAAACUCCCUGGAUGGAAUUUGUUUCUUGAGUAUUUUAUGACAGAUCAUAAAAAUCUGUGAAUGAAUUGUUUGAAAAGCUAUGAAUGAGUAAAGAUUAUGUUUUAGGCACUAUUUACAAAACGAACUGUUGUGUAGAACACAUUAUACAUGUUUCCCAUAAUCCAAAUCCUGCAAGGAAAACAAAAUGUCCAGGAGACCUCAAAUUCACAUGUUCUUCGGUGCACCCAUUCUUUCAACUGCUCCAAGCAACCUCAAAGAAGAGAAUAGUUCUUUGGUUAAUGAGAAACCAUGGAGAGAAUUACACCUUUCAUUUACCAAUGACAGUUUUAACCUUUGUAGCGCAAACUUCAGCGCUCUUGAGCAUGAGAGUGCAAAUGAUGCUGUUUUAUUUGUCAAUUCCAAAGAUCACUUCCCAGUAAACUUUGAAAAAAGAGGUGGCUUGGUUGAUGCCUUUAUGACCGAUGGAGCAACAUCAGUUGGAUGUGUCAAGUCCUUCAGCCAUAAAAAGAAGGUCCCGGGUGAGUCACCUGACAGUGAUAUAAGCAGAGGGAACCAGAAAAGGCACUGUGUAUGUCAACAAAGCAAAAAGGAUUAUACUGAAGGAAAUGCUAGUUGUAUCAUAAAUAACCAUCUUGAUAAUUCUCCCUUGCUUCUUGAGGUGAAGGACUUAAAAAAUUGUGUGGUAGAUAAUCACAAUCUACCCUCCCUUCAGUGUGAACCUCAGGGUAAAAAUCUACUCCUGAGUCACUAUCUGAAAACAUGUUCAGAAAAAGCAGAUGAGUCGAAACCUGGAAACCUGCCGGAUGGACCUUCAAAUCUUGACCUAUCGACCGAUAAUGAAUUCCUUAGCGUUCUGACUUUAAGCCAAGUGGCUCUCUGUUCUGGACAGUAUGCCGUAGGACAGAAUGAAAUGGAAAAUAAACCUAUAGCAGGGGAAGGAGUAGAAUUGGCCCUGCCCUGUAGGGAAGACACAACAGAUGGAGAACCUCUACUUAAAUCAAAUGAAGGUGUUAAGAUGGCUGUUAAGAAAGUUGACACAAACUCUGAAGCCAACUCUGAUUGUUCCAUAGAACUCUUUGAUUCAGAUAACUCAGGUCAAGAUAACUCAAAUUUCAAAAAAUGUAGUCCUGAAUCUUCACCUGUUAAUAACAAAGGAUGGGACCUUAAACCCCAACAGAAAAGACAACUAUGUUCUCCAGAAGACCACCAUGCUGAAAGAACUCAAGCAUCUGAUGAUAACGCGACGACUUCCCACUUUACUUUUGGAGAUCAGCAGCUACCCAAAAGAAUCAAAUUAGCAUGCUCUCCUCUUCACCCGGUUAAAAUAACUGAAAAAACAAGGAUCCCAGGAAUUGAGAAAGCUCAGAAGAAGCUGUCAUUGCUUAAGGAUUGUGUUGAGAAAGGCCGGAAGUUCUCUGUCUUGGUUGUAGUGCUACAUCCUUGCCAUAUCAAAGAAAUCAAGAUGGGAACUAACGCAUCCUGCAAAGUCCCCUUAGCCACAGUUGUUGUUGCCGAUCAGUCAGACGUGAGACAGAAGGUUGUGUUGUGGAGAGCAGCAGCUUUUUUAUCACUUACCAUCUUUCCUGGAGAUAUCGUACUCUUCACAGAUGUCGUCGUUUGUGAGAACCGUUGGGUUGGAGAAAUGAUGCUGCAAUCCACCUUUACGACCAAACUGGUCAACCUUGGAAGCUGUUCAGCUAUUAAUCCAAAGGAAGCCUCCCAUAUAGUGGACAGUCGUCUUCUCCAGGAUUUGCUGACCUACGUUUCUGCAAAGCACGGUCCUCUUCAAGCUCUGCCCCCAAGGCAAAGUCAGAGCCUGGACCUUGUUCCUCACGUCCUUCUAAAUCGGCUCAAACCAGAUACUUUGGUGCAUGCGGUGGUGAGGAUCAUCAACAUCACAGUGCUGAUAGAAUCCACGUAUAGUUUUAAAGGAGAAAAGCAAAAUAAAAUCAUCUUAACGGUGGAACAAAUCAAGGGACAACCUUAUGCUUUGGUCGUUUGGGGUGAUGCAGCAGCCCAGUGUCUUCAGCUCCAAAGGAAAAAAGAUCAUAUUUGGGAAUUUAAGUAUCUCUUUGUCAAACACAACCCGGUCUCUGGUGACCUGGAAUUGCACACCACACCUUGGUCGGUCCUAGAGUGCCUUUUCGAUGAUGAUGAAAGAGCUGAGGCCUUCAGAGGGAAGUUUGAAAGGAAGGUCCAAGAGUUGAUGAAGAUGACCACCCUGGCUUCCCAUCUAGAAGAAAAAAGUUCAGGAACAAUCCAAGUGAAGGCCUGUGUUUCAAAGCUGAGCUUUACAGAUGCUUCCCUGUCCCAGCUGGUCUUUGACGCCGAUACUUCCCUGGAGCACGUAUUCGCUUCUCUUUCCCUGAUCACCUACAAGGGGUGUGCAAAAUGUGGCCGUGAACGAGAGACGGAUGACAACGAGAUCUACAAACAGUGCCCUACCUGCUUACCUUUGAACCAAGUCAAAACCUUCUACAGACCUGCUGUGAUGACUGUUGAGGAGGGGGACUAUGAAAUCUCUCUUCGGGUGAGAUCCGAACUGAUGGAGAAGAUAUUCCUUAACAUUCCCGCCGAAUGGCUGAAGAAGGCCGUAGGUAAUACCUUGGGACUCUGUGGUGUAACUUGGUGGAGGUUUUUUGGUCCGUAA